CAGCUGCUACUCAACUUUUCUUCUUUGUUCAUGUCUUUCCUGGUCCGACCAGGUCCGCUUGGUUCGGCUCGACCUGCAGCGGUGGAACAAGGAGCUCACAAAGUCUGAGUCCACAAGGGAGAAGGAACAGAAACCCGCUCCUGAAGCGUGGUCGUGAACUCCAAACAAGACAAGCGGAGAGCAGCGAGGAGAGUUCGGGGAAGGUCGCAGCGGAGCUCGGCGGACCUGAAAAGUGUGGAGCAGUUACAUAAGAGACAAGAACAAGACAUAAAUCCUGAAUGAGAGCUCCCAGGUCUGAUCCGGACUGCGCGUAAACGUGGGACCGAGCUUAGUUGGCAGACAGCAGGACGCACAUGGACGGACUUUCUGAGUGUGUGCACGCGGUCCCGAUGCGGUUCUGACUGUGAAAAUGAAACUUUGGGGCAGGUUGUCCUGUUGGACGCGGAUUUGGCAGAAUUUCAGGGUGUUUGAGGGCGAACCGUCGCCGUGAAGUCCUUUCCCUCCGCGCGCAUGAAGAAGUGACUCCUGCAGCCGCGCAGCUGAAUCAGAUGGAUUAUAAUCUGCGCCUGCUGGCAAAUUAUCAGUUGAACGUGUGAGAGCGGGAGGAUGAAGCCGGCCAGCAACAAAUUCUGAGUAUUGAUCUCUGUGGAUGAAAAAGUGAUAAAGAAUCUUUUCUCUCCGUCCUGAGCACCGCACCGGGACAGUUUUUCAUGUGCUUCGGUUCUGGUUCCCCCUGCGGGUCACAACGCGCUCACAGCUGAAGAGAAGAGACGCGGAUGUUCGCCGGGACGCAGCGCGUCGCGCCGCCGCUCAUGGAGCGCUCCGGACGGCCGCCGCCGCCGCUGCUGCUGCUCGGCCUGCUGCUCCGACUCUGCGCCGCCGUCACCGACGACCGCAUCAUCUCCGACCGGUACGCCGUCUACUGGAACAGCUCCAACCCCAGGUUCUUUCGGGGCGACUACACAGUUGAGGUGGCGAUCAACGACUACCUGGACAUCUACUGUCCUCAUUACGAAGGGGCGGAGUUGGCUGAGCGCAUGGAACACUACGUGUUGUACAUGGUGAACUACGACGGGUACACCACCUGUGAUCACCACAGGAAGGGCUUCAAACGCUGGGAGUGUAACCGGCCGCAGAGCCCCAACGGACCGCUCAAGUUCUCCGAGAAGUUCCAGCUGUUCACGCCCUUCAGCCUGGGCUUCGAGUUCAGGCCGGGACAUGAGUACUACUACGUCUCGUCACCUCAUCCAAACCUGGCCGGGAAACCCUGUCUGAAGCUGAAAAUCUACGUCAAACCGACCAAUGACUCCGUGUACGAGUCUCCUGAGCCCUUCCUCACGGACGACACCACUGGCGGCUGCAGCCUCACUCUACCGUCCGCCAUGUUGAUUUCUCUCCUCCUCAUCCUCAUCUCAUCAUAGCACCUCCUUUUCCAAUAGCUGGACUGAGCUCUGCCCUCGUCUUGCCAUACUGUGGACAGCCCGACUUUCGACUCAUUUGGGCGCAAGUUGGACGCAGUGGGAGGAACCACGUUUCUACACCAAGUGGAGUUUCUGUUAAAAACAAAAACAAAAAAAAAAAGGAAAUGAAACAGUGUCAGAAAUCCAUAAGCUAAGACUCCACUGAUUGCCAUGUUAAUAUUUCCACCCCAACGUGUGGAAUGAACUCUGAUGUUUUAGAGUCUGAAGGUUAUUUACUGGAUAUUUAUCCAACUUCUUAAGUUUCUGGAGUCAUUUCACUUACAUUUAAAUUAAAAGAAAAUUUCAGUGUCUACACCAACAUGUAACUAAUCCAAGAGUAAAGACUUUUUCUACAGUUUGCUGAAGCCAUACUAAUGGUUUAACAUGUUAUUGGCCAUUAAGAAUCAUCGUCAUCUCAAUAACCUGUGGGCAUGAAAUCUCAUUUCAGUAUCCUGACAAAAAUAAUGCUUAAAGUUCUCAUGAAACAGGAAGCAGAAUGUUGCAUUUGUUUAUUUUCUAAAUUGGAACAAACCCAGUUCUUUCAGAAAAUGCUACAAUUCUCCAAGUGUUGGUUGAAACAAUUUUUUACUCAUCGUUUUCACUCACAAGUCGACUAGAAAUCUAUUAAUUCCUAAAAGAAUCCCCUUAAUCACUUAUUGGUGUGCCUUAAAUAAGAAAGAAUUUAAAUUUGAACCAUAGAUUUUUAAUAAAGCACACUGUAUGCACUGUAGUUUGAUAAGAGCACAGCCUAACAACCUGCAGGACGUUGUUCUGAGUUCUUAUGCAUACAAAUUAUCUGGAUCUUAAGAAGGAUUUGCAGGUCAUGUCCGUUUCAACAUCUAAAAUAAAUUUUUUUUUUAUUUCUAGGUCGCAAACGUUAAGCUAAUUUCCAGAAAAUGAUCCUGAUUUGCUCCAGUAGUUACUAACUCCCAAAAACUCAUCUGCACACCUCAAAAUGGCCUGGAGGGGACUCUAAACCUUUUACUUCAUUAGAAAAUGUUAAUCUGAUUUCACCCAGACAGAACUCCUAAACUAAAGAGUUUGUUUCAGAUGGAAACGUUUGUCAGUUAUGAAUUUUUAAAACAGCUAUUGAACACGUGAUUUUGUUUUAAUUGACAAAACUGGAGAGUAAUUCAUGCUAAACCGCUGCCUUGGUUAUUUUAGAGAUGGAUCUUUAAGUGAGAAAAUGAUGGGUUAAAAAUCAGGUAACUUUUAGUGAUCAUAGCGUCAUAACAGGUGCAGUCAUGCCGGCUGUGGAGGUUUGUUUACCUGUGAAACAUGGUGAUCAGUGGAGACCAGCUUCAGCCUGUGAGGUUUUGGAUGGAUGAUGCUGUCAGAAAUUAACUCAUUCUCAGCUUUCGUCACAGUUCUGGACAGGCCAUCAACCAGUCUGCAUGAAACCAACAUGGACAGACUCACUCAAAGGAUCCCAGCAGCAGUUAGUCUUAACCCAUUCAGUCCCAGAAACAUACAUUAAAUAAAAAUAAAAAUCACUGAUGGUUACAGUCAAACAUGAGCUGCAGUGCCACUUAAAACGAGUGAAAUUGUAAGAUGACGUCUAUGGAAGUGAUUCUGAACCUUACUUCAAUUUAAAAUGGAUUAACAGAAAUGCUUUUUCAUUUUCAGAAUAUAGCUGCAUUUAUUGACUCAAAUAAAAUGAAUAAAUAAACUGCAUUUUCAUUUUCUUCUCCAAGACUGCUUAUUUUAUAACUUAAUUAAAAUGAUAAAGAAAAGGACAUUUAAGAUUUAAUUUUCCAAACAUGCCCCAGCAAAUAGGUAUAAAAGUAUAUUUGAAAUGUCAAAUUUCAAAAUUAAAAUGCAUUAUAAAAGAAAAUGUAAAGGACAUUGCUUUUUCAUUUUCAUGUCCGCCCUGCAAUCUAUGAAGAAUGAAUUUUUUCUAACUCAUCCGUUAGGAUGUUGUUUAAUCUUGAAAUUCUGCAUAAUUAGGGGCGGGUCCUUUUGAUUGACAAGUAUCCAAUAUCCACGGCAAGAAGGGAGAGUAGCACAACCAUGUUCUCAGAGCGGCCUCCCUCAGCAGCUCUGGCAUAGAUUUGGAAAUGACGGAGCUCUUACUGCUGUUUCUAACAGUCUGUGGUACCAACACAACUUUCAAGCUCUACUCCUCUCUCAUGUUCCAGCAUCAGACAUGCACACCGCCCUCUACCGUAUUUAGAUGCGUAGCUCGGUCAGACUGGGGCCGAAGAAUUAGAAGAAGAAGAAGAGCGGCCACUGACGUCACUGUCUUGCGCCGCCUGGGAUUGCCAAUUCAAAUUGAAUUUUGUGACAUGUUUUGCGGGGCGGACAUGAAGCAAUGUCCUUGACAUUUUCUUUUUAGUUGUCAUAAAAAGAGCAGUUUUGAAAUUGAAAAUAAAAUGAAGUUUGGAUGAUCUGUUAUUUUAUUUGAGUCAAAUAAUGCAGCUAUGACCUUGAAAUGAAAAAGCCUUUCUGCUAAUGCAUUUUAAUUUUGAAGUUUGACAUUUCAAGCUGGGGUAUGUUUGGAAAAUUAAAUCUUAAAUGUCCUUUUAUCUUUUUAAGUUAUAAAAUCAGCAGUUUUAGAGUAGAAAAAGUAAAUGCAGUUUUUCUUAUUAUUCAUUUUAUUUAUGGAUCAAAAAAUGCAGAUGAAAAAGCAUUUCUGUUAAUCCAUUUUAAAUUAAAAUAAGGUACAGAAUCGCUUCCAUAGACUUGUGUAAUUAAUUUGAUCUCUAAACUACUAAACCAGCCAGGAGGACUAAAAAGUAACUAUAGACAGAAUAUAGCUUAACUUUUCCAACGGUUUUGGAACCAGUCGUGCGUGAUUAAAAGGUUAAACACAAAUAUUACAAGUUCAGGGACUGUGAUAUUUGCUUUAAGAAAUCAAACAUAAAUUCUAUAAGUGAGAGGUUCUGGAGUCUGCAGCUCAUAUCUACAACUGUAAUCAUCUUCAUUGUUUAUCAUUAAAAUGAAGAUCCAUGAGGAACCAUGUUGACGCUGCUAUCCAGCAAACUUCCAUCUAGUCGACGGCCUUUUUUUCUGUAAAUCUGCCAAAGACUCUUGUUAAACUUUUCUAUCGAUGCUUCUUCAGGGGCGGGGUUGGGUUACAGCAGCUAAGCAUUGUCCUGCCUACUUUGGAUACAGGGGGCGGGGACAUCCAAAGGGGAGGGGCUUACCCUUUUUUUUUCUAUUUAUGUUUUUGUUUCACAACAAAAACAUAAAACCGAAUGUUCUGCGCAAAAUACAACAAAUCAAAAAUGGCCUUUUCCCCCCACUGGUGCUGAAUUUUUAAAUGACUGACCAACAGCAACACCGUGUGGUCAAGGUGAAGCUUUUCAUCAACAACCACCACCCACCCUUGCCUCCCCCCUCCACAUACACUUUGUCUUCAUCUUCUCACAACAUCCUUCCAUCCGGGCUGAUGGAGGGUAGUGUGUCCUUGUGAAUGGACGAGCAAGGGCAUGCUGGGAAAUGCAGUAUAUCCAAUGAAUGCACUGUGACGGAGGACAGACGGGCCAUGUAGCACGACUCCUGUGGAGAACGAUGGAAACGAACUGGCGUCCAUGUUUCCACGUCUGUGCGAAGAAAAGUUAAUUUUGUUUGUGCCAUUUUUUUUCUGUUUUGUUUGUUUGGAAAAGCCCAGGAAAAUUUCAUAUGAAAUAUGAAGUCUGAUGUUUGUUGGUGGUGUUGCUGUAAUUGUUUUUUUCCUAUUUGUUUUUGCUUGUAUCACAAUGCAUUCUGGUCCCUGUAGUCCUGUGCGUUUUGGUUCUGUUGGCAAGUAAUGGUUCAGUGGGUUUUCUGGAUCUUUGGUUCGUUUAUUUCUGUGUGGGUGGAAUCAGUUUUUCGUGGCAUUCAAAAAAGUUACAGCAGGAAGGAAAAUUCACAUAAAAAUAGGUAAGGUUUUUCAGUGGGAGUGAGACCUCUCUGCCAUCUCAGUGUCCUCAAAAGGAAAAAGUUUUUGUAAAUCCAAAUGUCUGCAUAUUCUAUUCUUUCAAAGAAAAAAAAAAAUCUGUUUUUGUAUAUUUUCUUAUUGGAUGCUUAUGAAGUCCUGUUGUAAAGAAUGCAUUUAUCUGAUUGGUUGAAGAGCUGACAAGGGGUCAGAGGUCAUCGGGUCUCUUUUUACCUGCGCUGCAUGAGCAGGAAAAACAAAAACUUCAAUAUAUUUAGUGAAUUUACUUUAAAGAUUUCAGAGAAACUGUAAAGAUAUGAAUCUGUGUUUGAUAAAUUCACCACCAAUAAAAAUAAAGAGUUCCACUAAACAUG